UAUGGCAAGUAGCUGUGACUUGCCCACAACAGCCUCACAGGCUAGAGGGGGACACCAUUUGGGCCAGUGGUUCCCCACCCUGAUCUUAAUAUACAUGCUCAGAUGACAACUCAGCAAAACACCAGACCCAAGAGAAAGCCAGAACCCAAGAAAGAUGUUAUAAGCCUCAAAAUGAUUGAAGACCUGAAGGAGCACUUAGACAAUAUCUCCCAGGAAGUGGCUCUGCUAAAGGAAAAGCAAGCACUUCAAACAGUUUGUCUGAAAGGCACCAAAGUCAACCUAAAAUGUUUCCUGGCUUUUUCCGAUGCCAAGACCUAUCAUGAGGCCAGUGAAGACUGCAUUUCUCAAGGUGGCACCCUCAGCACUCCUCAUACAGGAGAUGAAAAUGAUGCUCUGUAUGACUAUGUAAGGAAGAGCCUUGGGCCUGAAAUGGAAAUUUGGCUUGGCAUUAACGAUCUGGCAGCUGAAGGAAAAUGGGUGGACCUGACCAGUACCAGCAUUCGCUAUAAGAACUGGGAAACAGAGAUCACCACCCAGCCUGAUGGUGGGAAGCUAGAAAACUGUGCAGUGUUGUCGGGGGUUGCUGUUGGAAAGUGGUUUGACAAGAGGUGCAGAGACCAGUUGCCUUAUGUGUGUCAGUUCAUGAUAGUUUAACAGUGGGACUCCUCCUAUGGAAGAGUAGGUCAAGGUGUUUCACGUGGUCCCGAAAUAGAGUGCUCUCUGUGUGUGUGGGUGUUGUGUGGGUAUAAAUAUACAUACAUAUUUGCAAAGGAAUAUAUAUACACACAUGCAACACCUAUACACCCUCAUAUACUCUUUGCAGAUAAAGUCAUGGCUUGGCAGAAUGAAUUAGAUCUAUGCUGCAUUUUAAUUGGCUGAAAGCUACAUCCAACUCAGUAGCAGUUAUAUUAUUCUUAAAAGGCAUGAGUUAUCAAUAUCCACAUUUUCGCACCCAGUACUUAAUAGGAUGACUUCAUUAUUUGAGCAGCAUUUGAAUGUUGCCAAAAUAAUGUGAUACUUAAGGCUCAUUAGUUGUUUGUUGCAUGUAAUCUUCUUCCAGUCCUUUUUUCCUUCCUGCUGACUGCACUAAAUUAAAUCAGUUUUUGCUGAAUUGUCCAUAUUACCAUCUCUUGGAAUGAAAAGCUGAAAGUGCUUUAGCACAGCCUGCUUUCAUUUAAUGUUAAACCUCCUCAUGGGCGAAUUGUUAAUUUGCAUAAAACCACUUAGCACUUUUUUUACCACUAAAAUCAGAGUUAGGUGGAAUUGCUUCAGCCUAAAUUAUAAUAUUGGACAAUGAUGGUGUAAAGAAGGCAGAAGAUGUGCAAACAAGAUCCUUUUGUGUAAAAAAAAUAAACAAAAUAAAAUAAAAUAAAUCCAUCUGCUGAUGGGAGAAUACUAUAUCUCUGAGCUAUGGCAAUUUCCUUCUGGGUACAUCUGGCUGAAAACACAACCAAGAAAUUUGAGAAGGUAUAACAAAAAGAUCAUCAUAUAGCCAUGGUGGUGGGGAAUAGUAGAUGCUGAAGGACUACUAUUACUCCAGCCUGUGUAAUCUUUUCCUAAGCUGGAACUGAAGGGGAAAACAGUCCAUGUUUCUUCAGUGGAUAUUCUGUGUCAUCCCAACAGUAUUAGUGCAGUACGUCCCUGCUUCAGCAACAUGAACAAAUCUGUCAACCUCGUUCAGAAUUUGGCUGUUCAUAACAGUAUUUGCUUAUUUACACACUAUUACAUGCUUUCACAUAGGGAGCAGUCCCCAUUCAUGCAAAAUGACAUGAUUGGCUUCCUCCAUUUAAAUGAGUAGGGAAGACUGAAGUAUCAUUGUUGUUAAAUAGCCCACUGAAUUGUGGCAGAUGUUCUAAAAGAGAUGCUAUAGUUGGCUACUUUGACAUGAGAACCUACAGUGUAUCAAAAUAUCUUUCUGAUUUUUAUAGCAGCUGAGAUGGGGUAUAAGAAUCUGAGAUCACUGCCAAACUUUCUGUUGAAAAUAAAGAAAUACUGCUUGUGACAAAAGUGUUUUUGAUCUACUUUAACAGCAAGUUUUCUUCUCAUGGAAGGAGUACAGUCAUCCAUCAGGCAGGUAAAAGAUAUCAUAGCAGCAUAAAAAAGCCAACUGCACAAUGUUUGCUUUACUGGGCUAGGAUUUUUCUCAAUAUUUAUAGCCUUCCCAUGAUUUACACCUGACUUAAACUGGACUACAGAGAUUGGAAUUGAUUGAUUUCCUUGAAUUUGAAUGGAGGUUAUUGACAUAUCCCGAAACAUUGAUGAGGCUCACUAC